AUGGACAAAACAUCGGUGGUCUAUCACAUCAACCAUCAGGGCCGCACCAGGUCCAGCCAAUCCCUGAAGGUGGCACAGGACCUCCUGACUUGGGCCUUCCCUCGCAGCAGAGCGAUGCACCUCCCAGGUGGACCUCUUCGCCUCAGCGUCCUCAACCCACUGUCCCCUCUGGUCUCUCAGACAGAGGAGUCCAGCCCUCUUGACCUCCUUAAUCCUGGAGACUCUUCACAAGAUCCGUCAAGGGCACCACAGGUUCCUCCUAGUGGCACCAAAUUGACCCAGGAGGUCAUGGUUUCCUGUAUUAUUCAAGCCCCGGGGAACCCUGGAGCCUUCGUAGGAGGCAGGAUCUCCUCCACCACAGUGCUGUUCCCUGAUUGGGCAUUUAAGCCAGCUUGGUCUCCAGGCUCAAGGCAGGUGCAGUUAUGGCAUUUCCUGUUAGAGCUGCUGGGACGUGGUGAGGGUGGAGCUAUCACAUGGGGCAGCGAAUGGGGAGAGUUUGUGAUCAGAGACCCAGAGAGACUGGCUAAACUGUGGGGCGAGAGGAAGGGCAAACCGCAUAUGAAUUAUGACAAACUCAGCAGAGCUUUAAGGUAUUACUAUAAUAAGCGAAUCUUGCACAAGACCAAAGGGAAAUGUUUCACCUACAAGUUCAACUUCAGCAAACUAAUCUUAGUGAACUACCCAAGUCUACCAACCUGCCCACAAGUGAGACUGUUUAUGUUGUGUUAAUUGAUUAUUGAAUUAAACUGCAAAUUGGAGUUUUUCAUAUCAUAAUCUCUCUCUUUCUAUCUCUCUCUUUCUAGCCUGAAGCCUCUCUCCCUUUCUCCCUCUUUUCUUCACAGCUGUCAUUCUACAACCCUUUUAUUGACAGGGGUAAGUGUCUGACUGCUGAACAUGGCAAAAGAAGGAUUGUCACUGUUUUAAAUAAAUAACACUGAAAUGCAUUUCCCCCCCAGCUUUUAACACUAGUAUUUUGUUUUGUUUUUUUGUGCAUUGUCUUUUUGCA